AGAAUAAAACACUCCACAUGUUAGUGAUGGUUUUAUCAUCAAAUUUCAUGGGCUUUCCACUCUACCUCAUUCUCCAGCCCCUCUUGCUUUCCAUCUGGGCACAAGGAUCAGAUUCUCCACAUAGAAUAAAAUACAAAAAUAAUGAGACAGCUGUAUUUGGAGAAAAUGUGACGAUUUUCUGCAAUUUGACAACUCCAGCAGAUGUUGUGCAAAUUACCUGGCAGAAGAUCCAAGGUUCUUCGCGACAAAAUAUUGGCACAUAUAGCAAUAUAUAUGGAGAAAAGAUUCUUCCACCAUACAGAGAUCGGCUGCACUGUGAGGUCAUCGAACCCAAUUCCUCAUUCAUAACUAUCCGUGAAGUAACAUUUGAAGAUGAAGCCUGCUACAAAUGUCUAUUUAAUGUGUUCCCGCAAGGCAGCCAUAGUGGACAAAUUUGCCUUAACAUUAUAGCUGUAUCUGAAAUAAAAACUGAGCUCCAGUCCAACUUUGACUCUGAAGAUUUUCUUAGUUUUAUUUACUCAGCUGUGGGAAAACCUGUUCCUCAAAUAUCUCUUUUCCCAUCAAAAGUCUUGAUUAAUCCACCAGAGGAAUACCUUGCUCAGAACCCAAACGGCACAGUGACUAUCACGAAAAUGUACAACGUCUCCUUGGAGACUGUGAGAUCCCUAAGUCUCCAACACCUGAUUGUGCACAUGGAUCAUCCUCUAAGGAAUGAAGAGAAGAUUGUUCCUCUGUCAGUCAAACAAGAAUGUACUUCUGGUUCUCCUUAUAUUUUGUUGUAUGCAUUUGGUUCAUUCAUAAUUUUUCUAUGUAUUGUAUUUAUCAUUUUCCAUCUUGUUCAGAGAAAGAAAAAGUCAGAGAAUGUGCCUGAAGCCACACCCCAGCUGAGACAUCCUGAGGGGGAGUCCUUAGUAACCCGAUGUUUUCCUGCUCACAGAGCCAAGAACUCUGGAAUGUGUUAAAAUAAGAAGACUCCUCAUCAUUAACUCAAGUGGAAAAAAAAAAAUCACAUCAUGAAAGAAGAGAUCAUUACAGAAUUGGUUGCUUGAAUAUAUAAUUUGAUACUAGAUACAUUGAUUGCUUGAAUAUAUAAUUUGAUUCUGGAUAAAAAAUAAAUGUACAAUUGUUUUUGGUUUUUU